AGAGUCUGGGAAGACAGCAGUGAAGGAAAGAGAGGUGAGGGAAAGUAAGGAAGCGCCGUUGGAAAGACUAGCUACUGUGUUUACAUCCCGCAUCGUGCCAGUGAUAGAUUGGAAGUGCUGACUGAGGGGUCAAGAUGCCACCUCAAUGGGGCACAGGAGAGGAUGACUGCCCCCGCUUGACGUCCUUCCUGCGGGCCCAUGCCAACGUCAGCCGCAGACAGGAUGGCAAGGGGGACUAUGACCUGGCCCUCAUACUGGCCACCAAGAGGGAGCUGCGGAGGAAGAGGGCGCUGCGGAGUGGGGUCACCUGGAGUCGCAUCAAGAGGGCGGUGGAGAGAAUGGGUCACGCACUCAACCUCAACCUGGACUGUUACCUGCGAGAAGUGUGGGAGGUGGCCAGGCAGGUGGCGCCAGAGCUGGACACGCGAGAGGAGGCUGCGGCCCUGCUCUUCACCUCCUCACACCCUGCAGAGGAGGCUGUCCCUUCAGUGCGCGCCAGGGCCACACUCCGACGCACACUGGGAGACGUACAUGUGCACCUCCUGGACCGUGCACAUAAGGCAGUGCGGCAGAUAGUGGACUUGAUGGGGCAGGAGCAGGUGAGCGAGGCCAUUAGGGGGCUGGAGUUUACACCUCAAGAGUCCUCGGCAAUGUUUGGGGAGAAUAUUAAGAUUGGGCCACAGGGUCAGGCUCCACAGUUGGUGGCGGAGGAUAAGCUGCUGGACCUGUACAAGCCCAAGGUGGUGUCCCAGGCAUCCCUCAGCUACGACCACUACUGCCCCGCCACGGACCCCACCCCGGCCAAGAAGGUGCCAAGGAGGGAGGUGUACGACAAGUCCUGGGUGGAGGCACAGAUGCUGGCCUUUUACACAGACACCUCCAUCGUCGCAGAGCUCAGUAAUGGCACCUACACUCUCCUCACUGGCUCCAAGGGUGACGAUGAGCUGCAGAAUGAGCUGUUUGACUUGCUGGGGUUUGAGAGGUUUGAGCUGAUCCAGGUCCUGCUGCAGCACCGACAACAGAUCAAGAACUGUCCACCUGAUAAGGAGAAGAAGAUUGCACAGCUGUUGAGUGGCAUAGAGCAGCAGGUGGGGGGCAUGAAGGCGUCACAGCAGCAGAAGGCAGCAGUGGGGCAGCAGGUGACAGUGAUGAAUGAGGCAGAGAAGCAGUUACUGAAGCAGGCACGGCGAGAGGAGAGGAAGCUUCUGCGCACUGCCAAACAGCUGGGGAAGGAUGAGGCUGGCGAGGACUUUGACCCAGAGGCACUUAGGGCAAAGAGAGAGUCGGCCCUGCUGGAGGCGUCCCAAGCUUACCUCUUCAGGAAGCGCGAUAGAGUGUCCGCCCCGGAGGUCAGGUUCCCCUACGUGUUUGACAGCCACGGCAAAGCUAAGGAGUCUGCGGGCUUCAUCGCGGGGCUAAAGAUGGUGCUUCCCGAGGGCUUCACCCGUAACUCAGAUAGCACCAUGGAGGAGGUGUGCAUCCCCACCUCUGACCCCGCCCCCCCAGAGGUUGGCGGUGACUUUGUGCCCAUCUCCAGCAUGGACGAGAUUGGCCAGAAAGUCUUCCGCCACUGCAAGACCCUGAACCGCAUCCAGACCGUGGUGCACCCGGUGGCCUACCACACCAACCACAACCUGCUGAUCUGUGCCCCCACCGGCGCCGGCAAGACCAACAUUGCCCUGCUGACUGUGGUGCACCAGAUCCGCAAGCACGUGGAGCAGGGCGUCAUACAGACAGACAAGUUCAAGAUUGUCUACAUAGCUCCCAUGAAGGCGUUAGCUGCUGAAAUGGCAAGGAACUUCUCCAAGCGCCUGGAACCACUCGGCCUCAAAGAGGAGCUUACUGGGGACAUGCACCUCACCAAGCCAGAGAUCAUGGCCACUCACAUGAUCAUCACCACGCCGGAGAAAUGGGACGUCACCACCCGCAAGCCUGGUGACACACAGCUGGCCCAGUUGGUGAAGCUGCUGAUUAUUGAUGAGGUCCAUUUGCUGCAUGGUGACCGUGGACCCGUGCUGGAGACUCUGGUGGCAAGGACUCUGAGGAUGGUCGAAUCUCAGCAGUCUAUGAUAAGAAUUGUGGGUCUGUCUGCCACCCUGCCCAACUAUAUUGACGUAGCCACCUUCCUACGUGUCAAUCCAUACGAGGGGCUGUUCUAUUUUGAUGGCCGGUUCCGCCCCGUGCCGCUGGGCCUGACCUUUGUGGGGGUGAAGGCCAUGGGAAGGUUCAAGCAGAUGGAGGAGAUGGAUCGGAUCACCUUUGACAAAUGCCUCCACUUCCUCCAGCAGGGCCACCAGGUGAUGGUGUUCGUGCACGCUCGGAACGGCACACUGCGGACAGCGGAGAACCUGAUCAAGCUGGCCCAGGAGCACGGCAAGACGCAGGAGUUCAUGCCGGAACCUGGGCCAGAUGUCACCCGGGCUAGGAAGGACUUUGGGCGCUCCAGGAACAAGAGGCUGGUGGAACUGUUUGACUCUGGUUUUGGCGUACAUCAUGCUGGCCUGCUGCGCUCCGAUAGGAACCUGGUGGAGCAGUUCUUCAGCCAAGGCUUCAUCAAGGUGCUAGUGUGUACCGCCACGCUGGCCUGGGGUGUCAACCUGCCUGCACAUGCUGUCAUCAUCAAGGGCACUGAGAUCUAUGACUCCAAGCACGGGACAAUGGUGGACCUGGGAAUUCUGGAUGUGCUGCAGAUCUUUGGUCGUGCGGGGCGGCCUCAGUUCGACAAGAGUGGUCAUGGGACGAUUAUUACAAGCCAUGAGAAGCUGGCCCACUACCUGUCCCUCCUCACCAACCAGUACCCCAUCGAAAGCUCCUUCAUUAACCACCUGGCUGAUAAUCUGAAUGCUGAGGUUGCUCUGGGCACAGUGACCAAUGUGGAGGAGGCGGUGGAGUGGAUGAGCUACACCUAUCUGUUUGUACGGAUGCGGAAAAACCCACAGGUGUACGGUCUGCAGAUCAAGGACGCACAGCAGGACCCUUCCCUGGAGGUGUACCGCAAGAUGCUCCUCACCACCGCCUCCCGUGCCCUGGACAAGGCAAGGAUGGUGCGCUUUGACGAGGCCACCGGCUACCUCCACAUCACUGACAUGGGCCGCGUUGCCUCACAGUUCUACAUCAAGUACGACACAAUAGAGGUGUUUAAUGAGUUCCUGAAGACAGCUAUGAAUGAGGCGGACAUUCUGGCUCUCGUGUCUCAGAGCUCAGAGUUCAUGCAGCUGAAGGUGCGUGAUGAGGAGAUGAAUGAGUUGGACGAGCUGCAUCAUCAGUGUGAGGUGGCGGCGGCGGGCGGUGCGGAGAACAUCCAUGGCAAGGUGAACAUCCUCCUGCAGACACACAUCUCCAGGAUCCGCGUUGAGGGCUUCUCUCUUGUGUCCGAUGUCAACUAUGUCACGGAGAACUCAGUCCGUAUCACCCGCGCACUGUUUGAGAUCGUGCUGCACCGAGGCUGGCCGUUGAUGGCCGGGCGACUGCUGACCAUGGCCAAGAUGCUGGAGCUGCAGAUGUGGCACUUUGAGUCUCCCAUGCGACAGUUCCACCGGCUCACACAGGAGAUCGUGGACAAGAUUGAGGACCGCAGGUUGACCAUUGAGAAGAUCAGGGACAUGGACUACAAGGAGAUUGGCAAGAUGCUGCGGCAUGAGAGGAUGGGGCAUGAGGUGAAGGCGGCAGCGUGGCAGUUUCCGCUCCUGUCCCUGGAAGCCGUCAUUCAGCCCAUCACUCGCACCGUCCUCAGGGUCAGACUCACCAUUCACCCAGAGUUCACGUGGAAUGACAAGGUGCACGGCGGACAGGAGAACUACUGGAUAUGGGUGGAGGAUCCGGAUACCAACUUUAUGUACCAUCAUGAACAGUUUACAGUCACCAAGAAGCAGGUAGCACGGCAGGAGGAUGCACAGCUGGUGUUCACAAUCCCAAUCUUCGAGCCAAUGCCCAAUCAGUACUACAUCCGGGCCAUCAGUGACAGGUGGCUCAACUGUGAGUCUACCUGUGCCAUCAGCUUCAAAAACCUCAUCCUGCCUGAACGACACCCUCCGCACACAGAUUUGCUUGACCUGGACCCACUGCCCGUCACAGCCUUGAACAGCUCCCGGCUAGAGAUGCUGUACCCGUUCACCCAUUUCAACCCCAUUCAGACUCAGAUCUUCCACACACUGUACCACACAGACCACAAUGUCCUGCUUGGGGCUCCCACAGGCUCCGGCAAGACCAUCGCGGCAGAGAUUGCAAUGUUCAGGGUGUUUCAAGAGUAUCCUGAGGCCAAGGUGGUGUACAUAGCCCCUCUGAAGGCACUGGUGAGGGAGAGAGUGGAGGACUGGAGGGUCAGGCUGCAGGAAAAACUUGGCUUUAAGGUGGUGGAGCUGACUGGAGAUGUCUCACCAGAUAUUAGGGCCAUCCAGGCUGCCCACGUCAUAGUCACCACACCAGAGAAGUGGGACGGCAUCUCUCGGUCGUGGCAGACGCGUGACUAUGUGAGGAAGGUGGCGCUGAUUGUCAUUGAUGAGAUACACCUGCUGGGUGAGGACCGAGGGCCAGUACUGGAGGUCAUUGUGUCGAGAACUAACUUCAUCUCGAGCCACACCGGCCAGUCCCUGCGCAUCAUCGGCCUGUCGACCGCCCUGGCCAACGCAAAGGACCUGGCUAACUGGCUGGGCAUCGGUGAGGUUGGCCUGUACAACUUCCGGCCUUCUGUUCGCCCCGUCCCGCUGGAGGUGCACAUUGCUGUUCCUGGCAAACACUACUGCCCCAGAAUGGCCACUAUGAACAAGCCCACAUUCCAGGCCAUCAAGCAACACUCCCCAGACAAGCCAGUGUUGGUGUUUGUGUCGUCGCGCAGACAGACGCGCCUCACUGCCAUGGACCUGAUGGGCUUUGUGGUGGUGGAGCCCGACCCCAAGCAGUGGCUCAAGCUGCCCGAGUAUGAGAUGGAGCAGAUUCUGACCAACAUUAAGGAUGAGAACCUGCGCCUGUGUCUGUCGUUUGGUGUGGGGCUGCAUCACGCUGGCCUGGUGGAGAAGGACAGGCGGGUGGUGGAGGAGCUCUUUGUCAACCAGAAGAUACAGAUCCUGAUCACCACCGCCACGCUGGCCUGGGGUGUCAACUUCCCCGCUCAUCUGGUGGUGGUGAAGGGGACGGAGUAUUAUGACGGCAAGACUCGGAGAUAUGUUGACUUCCCCAUCACAGAUGUGCUGCAGAUGAUGGGGCGUGCGGGGCGGCCUCAGUUUGACAACCAAGGUGUGGCGGUCAUCUUGGUGCACGACCAGAAGAAACACUUCUAUAAAAAGUUCCUGUAUGAGCCAUUCCCUGUGGAGUCCAGCCUGCAUGGGGUGUUGCCAGACCACCUGAAUGCAGAGAUUGUGGCCGGCACCAUUACCACUAAGCAGGAGGCUCUUGACUACCUCACCUGGACCUACUUCUUCAGGAGGCUGCUACAGAACCCAUCUUACUACAGCCUGGAGCUGGAGGAGGAGGAGAGGCCAGACCAAGCUAUCAAUGCUUUCCUCUCAGCCUCCGUGGACAGAGCCAUCGCGUCACUAGUGGAAGCCAAUUGUGUGGAGAUUGGUGAGGACGGCCGCUCCAUUGAGGCCACACCGCUGGGCCGCAUCUCCUCCUUCUACUACAUCUCACACCAGACCAUUGAGUUGUUCCAUGACAAGCUGCAGGCAAACCUUUCCAUCGAGGAACUCAUGCAGCUGCUGACUGAGGCCAAUGAGUACGCAGAGCUGCCGGUGCGUCACAACGAGGACCUUCUGAACAGUGAGCUGGCCAAGUCAUGUCCCUUAGAGGUGAACCAGUACACCUUCGACUCCUCCCACACCAAGGCCUUCCUCCUCUUCCAGGCUCACCUCUCCCGUCUCCCUCUCCCCUGCGUCGACUACCUCACCGAUACCAAGUCUGUCCUCGAUCAGGCUAUUAGGAUCCUGCAGGCCAUGCUAGACAUCUGUGGGUGUUCUGGGUGGCUGGCGGCGGCCCUCCGAGUGCAGGUCAUCAUGCAGAUGGUGACGCAGGCCAGGUGGCACACCGACACACCUUUCCUCAUCCUGCCACACAUCACACACGACACUCUUGAUGCCUUCAGAAGCUUCCCCACCCUGCCACAGCUGAUGGAGGGGGUGAGGGGGGACAAGUAUGAGGUGGUGGCAGCCCCCCUGAGAGAGUACCUGGAGGAGGGGCAGGUGCAGGUCACCUACCGCACCCUGCAGCACCUCCCUCGCAUGGCCGUGAGCGUCUGUGUGCGGGGACGGAAAGGGGAGGUGCUGUCCAGGGUUAAUGUGUGCGCUGGAGGAGGAAGGGGAGGCGUGGAGACUGGUGGCACAGAGGUGGAAGCGGGGCAGGAGUACACCCUGGCAGUCACCCUGGCACGGCUUAACAGGGCUCAGGAUCUGCGAGUCCACGCCCACAAGUUCCCAAAGCCCAAGGACGAGGGUUGGUUCCUGGUGCUGGGCGAGGUGGAGAGUGGGGAGCUGGUGGCCCUGCGUCGCAUCCCUGCCGUGCGAGGCCGCUCCACUCACCUCCUCUCCUUCAGGACUCCACCACGCCAAGGCCCUGCAGUGCUGACCCUCUACCUGAUGUCUGACAGUUACCUUGGCCUUGACCAGCAGUAUGACAUUCCCUUCAGGGUUAUACCAGCCACACAGCUUGAGGGGGAGGAGGAGGAUGAGGAAGAGGAAGAAGAGCUGCAGCAUGGGAGUAAUGAUGAUGAGUCUAGCAAGAAAUGGUUACCCCCUCCACCAGACAUGCUCCCAGUGAUGAAGUCUUGCUUCACUGACAAAAAAGAGGACAGAGAAAGAAGAGGAGCAGGAGGAAGAGGAAAGUGAGAGUCACACAGACUCCAGCGCCCCACAGCAUUAUAGGGGCCGGGAACAGAGACCCAGAGGGGGACGGCGAAGAAAUUACCGAUAGGUGGUAGGGAUGUGAGGAUGAUGAGGGAGUGAUGCAUCUUUCUGUAUUGAAGUUAAUCAUUAGCCUCUGUUUUGUUAUGGUUGGGUAACAUAUUAAUCAUUCCUCAGUUGUGUUGAUUGUUUUCUGCAUUGUGUCUAAAGCUGCAUCACAUGUGAGCUACAGUUACUGUCAUUUUAUAUACCUCUUAUCCUUCACUAUUCCACUCUGUUAUGACGUUUUGGGUACAGAUGACAAUUGACUCGGCUCCCUCUCAAAUCCCACAAACUUGGAUAAUUCUUCAAUGUAAAUGCUGCAAAUAUAAUCAAAGUAUAUUAUUUAUUAUCUGGGGACAAUAUUUUGGUAUUUGAUGUAAUGUUUUACUGAGUUGUAUUGAGGUGUUGGUAUCAGGUACAGCUGGUCUCCAUCAUCUUACUCAUGCCUCGUUUGGUCAGGUCAGGAAUAAUAUAGACUCACAUGCACACGCGUGUGCACACACACACACACACAAUGCUGCUUGAAGGAUACGAGUUUCACUGACUUAUUAUAACAACUUUAUUCUCUUGCAUUGUAAUACAUUCUUCCUUAUGCAUGUAUGACAAUGAAAACAAAGUGUUGUACUGUACUGUGCAUGUAUGUUACACAUGCAUAUGAUGAUGAUGAUGGUGAGGGAUGAAUGUAAUGUGUGGAGCCUGGAAUGCUACAAAACAUUGUAGAAAAUUAAAAUUGGAAUGAUGCAAAAAGCAAGGCAGGAAUGGUGUGAAAAUGGGACAAAAAACAGGAGCAUCCCACUGUUUACAAACUAAUAUUUGUUCCCUGUGGCUCAAUAACUAUUACUGAAUGGCAUCAACCUCACAACACUAGAUCUUGCACAUGGGGUCCCUUCAAACAAUGUUGGUCAAAACUGUCACUGGGCUCCCACCAAUUACAGUAGGGUUCACAACAAUGAACAUGAUUAAUUCUAAUGUCAUAUUUGGUACAACAAAUGUGUGUUAUGAAGAUCAAAAAAAUUUCAGGCCAGGAAACCAGAAAAGAUGUACAGAAUUCUUGAAAGUUUUGUGCCCAUUCUUAAAUUCUUACCGUCUUGAAUUUGCACAUUAUCACCUCGAGCUUCACAUUCCUUUGACAAGAUUAGUCACAUUUACCUACCAUUGGCAUGAGACAAAAAAGUAAGAACAGUGACAGUAAGGGAGAUUAUAGACAAGAAGAAAGGCAAAUAAAAGGCACAGCACACACACAGUGAUUAAGCACUCUAGGUUGCCUAUCAAUCAAUCAAUCAAUAUGUAAUACAAAAGUACAGAAAGUAGGCAUUCCACUGCAACAUACAAAGAGAGAAAGUUUUGUUGAAGUGUUCUGUAAAACUUGAUGGCUUUCCCUUGAGCAACCUACAUAUGAUUAUAAAUAUGUUAGUUAUUAUAUCAUGGUGAAUAAGAGAUGAAUCCUUUGGUUAGUGACCGUUAGUCUCCUAUACAAGUAAAAAAUAAUUGUACACAAAACUCUUUGAUGGCACUUUGUGGAAUGUGUAGCAACAUGGAGAAGGCUGUGCCUAACCUCUCCCACAGCAGUGGUCAUAGUGGUCAACAGGAGGGCACAAAGGUCAAGUCAGGUAUUCUGGUAUGUCCACUCAGAACUCCAUGCAGAGAAAAUGAGCCAGAUUACCUUCCUCCUUAACAAUACAAGUAACAAACACUGUACAUAACAUCCCAGACAUCAUGACCUAUCUCCUCUUUACAUUUGUCAGCGUUGGUAGCACCAGGAGCUGUGUAUCUCAUUCCUAGCGACAUGUAGACAAAAACUGAAUAACCAACACUAUUGCCUAGUGUUUUCCCCCUGAACCUUCAGUCUUCAGUCUGCCAGGACCCUUGUCACACUGCAGAUCAAAGAACUUCAGAUUGAUGGAAAGAUAAGUUCAUAGAAAAAAAGCUUGUUAACUGAUAACUGACCUUCAGUAUGUAAAAAAAUAAAUCUUAUUCUCAUCGUUGG